AUGCCUAUCUUAUACAGCGUAAUUUCGCGAGGACCAACAAUACUAGCCAAGUAUGCAACCUGUACUGGUAAUUUUGAGGAAGUAAUAGACAAAAUUCUACCAAAAAUACCGCCUCAAAAUGAUAAACUAACUUACUCACAAGGACCGUAUUUGUUUCAUUAUAUUUGUGAGGAUAGAAUUAUUUACAUGUGUAUAACAGAUGAUGAUUUCCAAAGGUCAAGAGCGUUCUUAUUUUUAAACGAAAUAAAACGAAGAUUUUUGGCGUCUUAUGGCCCCGGGAUUCAUACUGCUAUUGCUUAUUCAAUGAACACUGAAUUUUCACGGGUGUUGACUAAUGAAAUGAAACAUUACAGCGAAUCUAAAGAUAUUGAUACACUAUCAAAAGUUCAUGGAGAAUUAGACGAACUUAAAGAUAUAAUGGUGCGAAAUAUAGAUAAUGUUGCUAUGAGAGGCGAACGACUGGAGUUACUUGUUAACAAAACUGAAAAUUUAACAAAUAAUUCUGUGACAUUCAGAAAAACAAGCAGAAACCUAGCCCGCUCUUUAUUCUGGAAGAAUGUUAAAAUUUACGUAAUAGUUGGCGCUAUUUUGAUUGUCGUUGUCUACUUUAUCGUCUCAAUGUUUUGUGGCGGACUAGCUUGGCAGAAAUGCGUCGGAAAUUAAAUAAAUUUUUU